AUGACAAGAAAAGGUAAUGAGUCAAUUGAACAGAAGAAAAAUUGUUUUGUGGAGGAAAUAAAAGAAGUUCAAUUGAGAUCUCGUCGUGGGAAAUUUAUUUAUAACAGAACUUACAAUCCAGUUUGUUUAAAUAAGGUUAGUCAUUUUUCGCGAGGCGGUCGUGCACCUAGCAGAUUACCGAUGAAGAAAUUAAAAUCUGUCUUAAAGAAAACACGGAAAGUGAGACUUUUUGUAUGGAAGGGAAUUCUGAAAAUUACACCAUUGUCGUCUAAAAUUCAUUGUUACGUUAAAAAUAGAAAUGGUUUAUACUUAAACCGGUACAGACUGAAGUAACUGUAAGAGUGUAAGGUUUUUACUAACGGCAAGUCCAAAAUUAGUUCGAAAACAAGGAAAGGUUUAUCUGUUGUCUAAGCAUAAAAGAAGAGGCUAUUUAGGUGGGGUGAGGUAUCAAAAUAGGGUAUUAAGUGAGUAUUUUUCCCUCUGUACAUGCCACUAUCCACUUUAUAUAUAGUGCUUACAAGAGUUUGAUUCACCGGGUUAAUUUUGGCCAAUUUAAGCUUUCUACUGAUAUCGAGAAGAAUCCAGGACCUUCAUUUUAUGUAGAUGCUACAAAAACGAUUCAUGCUCCAUACUGUCAAGGAAACGUUGUAGUAUUUGGGGAAAAUGCGGGACAACAAUGUGUUGCAAUGAGUUUGUGCGCUUUAAUGUACAGUAAGAUAAGAAGGAUUACUUCAGUCGAUGAUAUGAUUCAAAUAAUGACUGUUGGUAGCCAAUUAUAUUAUAGUCUGUCAUUGCCUAUAAGACAAUCUAUGUUAAUGUUAACAGAAUUGCCAGAAAUGGUUACAGUGUUUGAGCGAAUUUUCCAUCUUGAAUACAGUGAAAGUGAUGCCAGAAUUGAGGGGUAUCACUACUGUAUGCCACUUAAAACACUCUUGGCUCUGAACUACAACUCAUUCAUUUUAACUGUGGGAAUUAUUGGUGUUGAUUCUCAUGCUAGAGAUAUGUAUGGUAACAGUCAUAGUCAAGGUACAUGUGUAUUGUUGGAGAUACCAUCCAUGCAUAAAUUAGUACAAUAUUUUCAGAGUCUAUACACAUGAAGGAAUGAGGAUAUAUAUGAGCUUAAAGGUGUACAUAUUGCCAACUUUGAAGUUGAUCUUUGUUCAAGGAGUGUUCAAUACUGUAGUAUAUCAAAUGUUAAUAGUUUAUACCAAUGUUCUUGUAAACGGUGCUGUGCUAUAGCAGUUUAAAUAAUGUCUUUAUACUCUGUUAUUAAUCCAUGUGGAUACUGGACCUCAGGAACUUUAUCUGCCCUUGCUAGUAAUGAGAAUACACUGUACAAUGUGACGGGUGUGAAAAAGCAUAUGCCAGUUGAUCUUCCUGAAAGUGAGAGUAUCAGUGGAGCUGAGAUAAACCUUACUGUUUGCACUGUAAGCAAUAGUGUUAUAUGUUGCAAUUUGGCUGAGAGCAAAUCUGUGUUGAAGAUGUGCAUUUCAAAACAUUGUCAUGAAGUGAAAGGAUUGGAACAUACUGUAUAA